AAGAUGAGGUUUCUAACAGUUGUUGUGAUGUUAGCUCUCGUUAUUUGUACUGCCUGCAAAAAUCACGAGGAGUUGAAAGGUCAACGACCAGGCGAUUAUAAUACUCGUAGCAGACCGUCUUCGAAUCCCUAUGCCUAAGGCACUUAAUGCAUGUGAAAAAUAAACAGGAAAUGCUGAGUUGGUUGGCAAAUAAGCAAUAUAACCCCGCUGAAAUGAAAAAUAAAACAGAAAGACCAAACAGAAACGUUUUUAAAAUUUAGUAAUUUGAAAAUAAUAAAUAUACACAUUUAAAUUUGCAACAAA